AUGGAGAGAGUGCAGUUCCAACAGGAGCAGAUGCUCGCAGAGCUCAAGGACCUCGUCCAGAAGGGUCUAUUCUCACAAAAAGAGGUCAAACAGAUCAUGCAAAAGCGGACCGCAUUCGAGACCGCCCUAGUCCGGCGGAUACCCAAGAAGGCCGACUUCUUGCGUUACGCGACGUACGAGAUGAGCCUGGAGGCGCUGCGGAAAAAGCGGGUGGAACGCCUCAAAUUACCAAAGGGCCCGCCAUCGGUAUCCGACUACGCGCUCGUCCGGAGACAGUUCCAGAUUUUUGAGCGCGCCCUGAAGAAGUUUAAGGGCGACGUUGGCCUGUGGAUACAGUAUGUCCAGGUUGCGAAGAGGGAAGGCGCGCGGGCUCUUGUGGGGCGGAUAACUGCGAGGGCAUUGCAAUUACACCCAAACGUCCCGGCUCUCUACGUCCUGGCCGCGUCACAUGAACUCGAACACCUGUCCCCAUCGGCCGCCCGUGCUCUGCUGCAACGUGGGCUCCGGCUGAAUUCUGAUAGUGUCGAGAUGUGGCGGGAGUAUGUGAAGAUGGAGUUAAACUUCGUUGAAAGCCUCCGGCGGCGGUGGUCUGUUCUUGGGAUUGACGUAAAGGGCAAAGGCAAGGAAGCGAGCCCGACAAAGGGCAAGCAGCGAAAUCCUCCAGGUAGUGAAGACGAGAGCGGGCUCGAGGACGAGAAUAUCGUCGAAGCGGAUGCUAUGGAGGUGGACACCCGAGAGGAGCUUGAGGAGGAUGAAGCUGCCCGCAAACAGAUCAUGGACGGCGCAAUUGUUAAAGCUGUUAUCUCAAACGCAACGCAAGCGAUCCCCAAAAUUGAACUGUUCAGUUCCCUUCACGGACUAAUCUCCACGUACCCUUCCCCGCUUUCCCUGCGCGAAUCCCUCCUCGACCACUUACACGCGCUCCUUCGAGACACCCUCCCCGCUCUCCCCGCUGCCAUCAAGCUUGCUGCCACACGCCACCUCUCCGAUGACCUCACGGGCGGACACCUCGUGGACGCGCUGAAAAAUGCCAACGAUGUCCUUUCCGAGGCCGUGAGAACAAGCACGGGCGAAGCGAGAGAAGGCGUGGCGUGUGUGUACGCCGAGUUUAUCGGCGAGUGGUGCGGGAAAGCCGUCGGUGACAGUUUGAAAGCGUACCUCGUCACAUCCCUCCACCUCCUGAUCCAGCAGCUAUCCUCCCCCGUCCCCCCGGCUUUGCUUGCGGCGCACGUUCGGCUGCUGGUGCAGCACCAUACGUCGCUUGGGCCCGCUCUCCUCCCGCCGAAGGUGAACACCCCAGAAAAGAUAUUGCAUGUCUCGCGCAAGUACGCCACCCGCGCGGCAUCGAGCGCGCCCAUGUGGCUGGCACGUCUAGAUGCAGAAAGGCAUUUUGCACAGCCAGAAGACGUCGCGCGCGCCUGGUCAGAUGCCCGGAAGACCGUCGAGGGCGACGGCCUGGAGGACGUCUGGCUCUGGGGCCUCGGGUCGCAAGACGUACGACGUUCAGACGCCCCCGGGACGGUGGAGGCAAACAUCGAGGACGAUGUCAUAAAGGACGUCGCGGUGCUCGAGCAUCUCCUGCCCGAGAGCAAGCGUAUCCGGCAGCCGGCGGCAGCGAGCGCGAUUCACGAGGUGCUGCUGAUGCGCUACGCAGCUGCAACACAUCGCGCGCUCCUGCUGCAGCACGACACGCAUCUCAAUCUGAUCGAGGGCCGCGCCACUGCGGGUGCAGCCACGCCCGCGUCGAACGGCGACGGUGGUCGCCGUGCACGCGUACGCGAUCGUGCUGCGCAGCAAGGGCAGCAGGCCACCCCACAACGCGGUCAACAACGUCCCGCGCCACCGACCGCCCUCGCCGAGGCACGUAUUGCACGUGUGCGCCGGCUCGGGGCCGUGCACACGCCCUCCGCGCGGGUGUGGGCGGAGGUGUUUCGACAGGAGUGCAAUUGGCACGCCGAUCCUCCCGCGUCGGGCCCGGAUGCGGACGCGCGCGUACUUGGCGCGGUUUACGAGUUCUGGCGGCAGAGCGACGGGGUGGAGGCCACGGCUGCGUGGGCCGGGUGGCUGCUGCGGAGUGGGAGGAGCCAGGAGGCGGUCGCUGUUGUGGGGCGCGCACGGAGCGUUCUCGGGGAGCAGGCGGGAGAAGAGGUCGAGCGGCGGUGGAAGGCGGUUUUGGACGGGCCCGCCCAUGCGGAGGAGGGCGCGGACGCAGAAGCGGACGUCGAGGACGGCGGCGCGGAUGUUACGGGCGAAGAGCCGUAGGAUCUUCCGCGCGGUAUGUUUCGGUGUCAUUUCGACGCUCGGCGUUAGCUCAAAAGUUCUACGUAGACGUGUGCUUAAUAUCGGCGCGAUGCUGUCAUACGGCCACGCGGAUUAUUGCUUUAAUUUAGGCCUCUAAGUUGGGUGACGGAUGCACCGCCAUGUCUGAGGUCUAAAUGGACUCCGAGGGGGCGUGCACUCGGUGGGGCACGCCACAUAUGCAUGUCCGGUGACGGUUGGUAUUCCGUGUACCGCUAGCUAUAUG